GUAAAUGCAAACGAAAAUUUCGAAAUUUUAAACGAAAAUGCUGUUGCAGAAAAUGAGAUCAACGAAGAUGGUGAAAAGCAAAAUAUUGAACGAGAGAAAAACGAAAAUCUUGAUAGACUACUUGGAGAAGUUAAAAACACCACAUCCACUAAGCUGGAUCCUACGUGUGAGGCAAAGCUCUACACACAUGACUCUAACGAAAUAACUGAAGACGGUGUCCAAUCGCACCAAAAGCUUGACAAUUCUCAAGAGAAUAACGAUAAGGAAAAUAAUUCUAGUGAAAGUCAGGAAAGUAUUUAUGUCGAAACUGAAAAGAGGGACAAUGCUGAAAUCAAUAUCAGCAAAUUAUCAGAUGACUUGAAAGAAAGCCUGAAGACAACUCAAAAAGGCAUCGCUGAUGUUGAAACCGAAGACGAACACAUCGCAACAGAGAUUACGCCAGUUGAAGGAGAUACACCGUCGCUAUCUAUAGUUUUGAAUGAGAACCUUACGGCUACCGAGCCCGUCGAAGCAUUAGAAAAUGCUCCACUGGAAGAACUUAUACACUUCGAGGAGAGCCAGUCUUUGCUUAACGAGCAAACCGACACAACUGUUGAGCCCGAAGCUGUAAAGAGUGCGCAUAUUGUGAUCAAAAAGCCAGGUGUAGAAUUAGAGGUAGAUCAAAUUGAACCCCUACAUAUCGAGGUACAGGAAGAAGCCACCAUCACAGCAGACAUAGAGCAGGGAAAAGCGGAGGCAAACGAAAACUAUGUUGAAGAGAAAACCGCUGGAACGACUUUAAAUCCGCUUGUAGAAGAUGAUGGUAUUGAAAAAUUACAAGGCAUACAAAGCGAGGAGAGCACCAACAAAGAAACUGCGGCUCAAUUGGAACUUAAAAUGGAAAAAGAAGCCCUCUACGAGCCCCUAGUGAAUAAUGAGAUACGGGACAUAGAAAUCAAUGCAGAAAACAACUCCGAAAAUGACAAACCCAGCGAAGCUGAAUAUAAAAUUGACACAGCUCAAAAUGAACUUAGCGACCCAGUGCAGCAAAAGAUUGAUGAUAUUACUGAUGCAACAACAAACAAUGAACUCCACGCACAAUUUGAGGAGAAAGCAGAUGAUCUUAAGGAAAACCAAUACCUUAUCCAAGCCAGCAAUGAGCUAGAGCAUCUUGAGGUUCAAUCAACCACAGCUCAGACGCAUGCUGUUGCAAGUGAACUCACAGUUCAAGAGCCAGUGACAGAGGACAGCAGCGUGGAGUCGAAAAGCCUUGCCUCGACAACAACAGCACAGUUGGA